AUGGCGGCGGCGGCGGCAAGCGGCUUGCGGCGUGCGGGCUGGCGGCUGUGGCGGGGCCGCGCGGGACUCAGGUGCCAGCUGUAUGCACCCCAGCGAGGCCUCCAUGCCUCGGCUGCACUGAGAAGAGCCUCAGAGGAGCAGAGGAAGGACCCACCAUCACCGUCCUCACAGCAGCAGUUUGACCCACAACAGGCAGAUCCCCACCCGGAGCAGGAGGCGUGCAGUCCGCAGCACAGUUACACUGGCCAGGGCGGCCAGGAGUCAGAGGACAGUGAGAGCGAGGAGCAGCUGCAGCAUCGAAUCCUCACAGCAGCGCUGGAGUUUGUGCCUGAACAUGGCUGGACAGCUGAAGCCAUUGCAGAGGGAGCCAAGACCCUUAAUCUCUCUGCUGCUGCUGCAGGGAUGUUUCAGAGCGACGGCAGUGAGCUGAUCCUGCACUUUGUGUCUCAGUGCAACUCCAAGCUGUCUGACCUGCUGGAGGAGGAACAAAAACUAGUGCAGCUGGGCAAGGCAGAGAAGAAGCCUAUGGAGCAAUUCCUGAGAGAUGCUGUGGAAGCCAGGCUGAGGAUGGUGAUUCCAUAUAUUGAGAAAUGGCCACAGGCUGUCAGCGUGCUCUUGCUCCCACAUAACAUCCCUUCGAGCCUCAACCUCCUCACCAGCAUGAUUGAUGAUAUAUGGCACCAUGCUGGAGACCAGUCCACAGAUUUUAACUGGUACACUCGUCGGGCCGUGCUCACUGGCAUCUACAACACCACAGAACUGGUGAUGAUGCAGGAUACGUCCCCUGACUUCGAAGACACGUGGCGUUUCCUGGAAAACAGAGUAGCUGAUGCCAUGAACAUGAGCAGUGCAGCUCAGCAGGUACAGUCAACUGGCAAAGCACUUGCCCAGGGCCUGAUGGGAGCUGCAGUGACUAUCACCAACCUGACGGGGCUGAACCAGCGCCGCUGAGGACGGAGCCCCGCGCUCCGAAGCCACAUCGGAGCGAGGAUGGAGCGUCCUUUCCCCGCAGCACCAAUAAAGCCCCGCACUCUCACCUC